AACAAUCGGACCGGCGAGCUUUUGGCUUUACUUGAUAAGAAUACGCGAUACCAGUCACUUUUUUCUUUUGACGGCGCUCCCUUGAGUCAUUUCCCAUCGAUUCACACACCCAGUAAAGGCCAUAACAUGGAGCCCGUCUAUCCAGCUGCGCCUUUGGAGGCGCCCAAGGGAUCCGAAGCCACGGCGCAGCAGUCGGCUGCGGAGCACCAGCAGCUCCUCCCUCCGGCACCACCAAGCUACGACCAGGCCACAUCCAUUCCGGCCGAGACCACGGGACCAGCUCCGGACAGACCAGCCACGACGGUCCCCAGCACCACCGCCCAGCACACGGUCGUGGUGGUGCCCAGUUCACCCUACGGCCCGGAACCCAUGGAUGUGCAGUGCCCGCAUUGCCAUAAUUACGCCCGCACACGGGUGUCCUACCGCCCCAAUUCGCGCACCCAUCUGAUAGCCCUGAUAUUGUGCCUGUUCCAGUUGUACUGCUGUGUGUGCCUGCCGUAUUGCAUUUCCAGCUGCAUGAACACGAAUCACUACUGUGGCAUGUGCGAUCGUUAUUUGGGCACCUACGAUCGUAAAUGAGAUACAAAAGAGUUCUGCAAUUUGUACACAAUUCCUUCAAGUAAUUAGUUAAUAAAUGGUCAGCAGCAAGCCAACUGAACCAAAAGAAUGUAUUUCGUAUUUGAACGUGGCACUUGAAAAGCUUUAACAGUGCUUAGAAGUUAAGAAAAUAAAGCAUCUAUUUACAAGGUGUUCUGUUAUUUGUAAUACAUGUAUUCAAAGUAUAUGCAAAAUUAUAAUCAAACUGGUUCUUAAAAUACCAA